AUGUUUUCCCCACCAUCCAUCUCUCACAUUACCCUUCUAAUAAGUGGCUUCAUUGUCGGAGAAAUUGGCAUUUUGGUGUUAUGCGACAUGAACUCAAGCAUUCAAACCUCGGCCCUCGAGUGUCUGAAGGCCCAGGAAAUUUCGGAGAACACUCCGAUCUUCGUCAGUAUGAUUGGCGAGAUUUUGAUGAGUUGUCUUGUUCUGCUUCAACUAUAUCGAUGUGUAAUGUUGGUGAGGGAAAAACAUAUUCAGCUGCAUGCAAAUUUAAGGGUAAGGAAUUUUCUGAAUUUUUCUAACAUCAGCGUGCUAUGCCUGAGGAACAGCACGCUAAUUUCAGUGGUUUUUGGGAAAUUCAAAUAGAAGUUCUUUAUCAGUCUGUCGGGAAAAUAACGACCCAAUGUCGCUGCGCCAAUCGAGUCGCUGAAGUGAAAAACAAUUUGGUUUCGCUGCGACACAAUUCAUUUUCUUGGCAACGAUGCCAUCUUAAGAGCGCUCAUUAUUUUCCCGACACACUGAUAUUGAUGAACAGUGCUGCAUUUCAGCUCCUCAUGACCUGCGCGUUGAUUGGCUGCAUCUACACUUGCCUAACCUCCUUCGCAUUUCCCUUCUUUUAUCUAUGGCGACGAAGUCGGCAUGGCCAGCCCUGCGAUUACAUGUACGAAAAGUUGUACUGCUACAGUCUACGAUGGCCAGUGUAUUACGGCAUUGUGUUCCAAAGUUUCCUGCAUUUAGCUAUUUCGCUGGAACGCGCCUUGGCCACCAAGUACAUGCACACGUACGCGCAGGGAUUUUUGUGGUGUGGAAGGGUGAUUGCUGUGGGUGCGGUGAGUCAAUCUGUCUGCAUUUACAAGGGAAGGAAAAGCCUCUGUACGACCAAUCGCAAGGACCUAGAAAAUGUGGUCGUUUUAUCAGUCUGUCUGGAAAAUAAUGAGCACUCUGUGGCAUCGAAAAUCACAUCACGUCAAAUUGCUUUUCGCUUCAGCGACGAGAUCGGCGCACGUCAAACCAAGGAGUCGGAUGACCGGGAUAGACUCGUCGCUAUCGGGUUUUUACAUUUCGGUUUGAGUUCACAGAGAAGACAAAGAAAGGACGCGCAAAACGAGGAUAAUUGUGAAGCUGCCCCAAAUUAAUACCAUUUUGCCCCCAAACACAUGCCCCCAAACGAGCUUGGAAGCUGUCCCCCAUAGAAAAAAUAGUGUGGGGACCAUACUUCAGGGUGAACUCACACCCCGGGCAAAAAAAUUUAAAAAAAUCGUGGUGGCGAUUGCGUAACAAGUAAAAAUUCUAAGAUUAUGACUAAAUGUCGGAUAUAGGGGUAUCGAUGGCUCUGAUUUCGAAAAUGAGAUUCAUUUUUUUAUGAUUCUUACAAUUUCGCUUAAGUAUAAUAGUACUGUGAAGUAGUCAUUUUCGAUUUUGUAACAACAAAAAAAUAUCAGCGAAAAACAAUAUAAAAUUAAAUAACAAAGUACAAACCGCAUACAGAACAAGACACGGAUGCCAUGAAGUAUUUCUCAAAAUUAGCCGAACGGUGAUGCCAUAACGCUGCAGGUAUCACUGAAGUCGGUUCGGACAUUCUCAACCUUUGCCGUUAUAACAUCGUCAGCUAAUGUUGGGAAAAUGCUCCACCUCUCCGAGCUAUUCUGAUCCUUCCGCGACGUGUCGAUUGUACGAUGUGUGGGUCACGAGCUGAGUAAGGGAAAGGAAUGAGGUUUACCUUGUAGUCGACCAGAAUGGCGUGUUUUCACUGAUUAACGCUCUUUUUACCAUGAGGGCAGGAACAACUGUAAAAACCAUCUUCUCCGCUGAGCUUGUAGAAUACUUCCUUCAGCGUUCGAUAGGACUCCAGGUCGUAAAAUUCACCCUUCUCCAGUUUCAAGUGCAUGUUGAGCAUGUCUUGUUUACUGGUGGUCACUAGUUUGUCACUUGCGAUGAUGACAACAUUGCCGUUGGAGCAGGAACAUAGUGGUCGAUUGGAACACUUCAAAUCAUACGCUUUUUUCAAGUCUUCAGUGGUUACGGGUGGAAUCGUCGGAGGAGGAUGAUUCGCCAACUCGAAGCUUUUGUAGGAUAGAUUAGGCAUGGCUCCGGGCCGGGCCGGGCCGACUAAUUUCUCGGUCCGACCCCGGGCUUCGGUUUUUAGGCCCAGGCCGGCCCGGGCCUUGGCUUCCAGAACUGUUCUUACUAACAAGGGAAUGGUCUGAACUUCCCCCAGCGUUAAGGAAAAUGACUAGUACAGGUGGAUAGAGCAGGUCGACUUUGGUAGAAAAAGGCAAUUUCCAGCUGCAAAAUAAGCACCGCCGACGAGAAAAACCGACCGAAACUUCCGAAAAAAUUUCCUCUUUCUCUUCCCUCGGAAAAGAAGAGGAGCACCCAGUGGUUCGGUUAGUCGAGUGGAUAGAGCGUCCGCUCGAUGUCCUUUUGGGGGUUGGUUCGAUUCCGGGGCAGCGCGAGUGGCUAUGAUAAGGCUUCAGCGACCAAGAUAAACUCUUGUGAACCAAAAAAAAUUAUUUUUCAAUUUUUAGAUUUUCUAGAGAUCAUAAAACACAUAAAAAAGGAUUUCCAUGUAAAUUCCGCCAGUUUUUUUUCCAGAAGAUUCCAGAACGUUCCCAAUCAUACUCCAAUAAGGAGCAAACUGAAGCACAUCUUGAGCACAUUGGGGGUUUUGAUAAACGUCCACUAGUGUUCGGAAUACAGACAGUCCAUGACUAGAUUAUUGAAUAUGACUGGAACCGUUCUGGAAUCUUACAGAAAAAAUGGAGGAAUUUACAUAGAAACCCUUUAUUAUUAUGUGUUUUAUGAUCUCUAGAAAAUCGAAAAAUUGCAAAAUAUUUUUUUUUGGUUCACAAGAGUUUAUCUUGGUCACUGCAGCCUUAUCAUAGCCACUCGCGCUGCCCCGGAAUCGAACCAACCCCCAAAAGGACAUCGAGCGGACGCUCUAUCCACUCGACUAACCGAACCACUGGGUGCUCCUCUUCUUUUCCGAGGGAAGAGAAAGAGGAAAUUUUUUCGGAAGUUUCGGUCGGUUUUUCUCGUCGGCGGUGCUUAUUUUGCAGCUGGAAAUUGCCUUUUUCUACCAAAGUCGACCUGCUCUAUCCACCUGUACUAGUCAUUUUCCUUAACGCUGGGGGGAAGUUCAGACCAUUCCCUUGUAAAGAGUGUAAUGUUUACACAAAAAAAUAUAUUUUUUCAGUACCGAGCUGGCAAAGACGUGGCCAAAAAGUGUUUUCUCUCUGACCGCUCUCCGGGUUUCGCGUACUCUCUCAGCCGCAUAGAUUGUUGAAUAUUUUGGUCGUCCUUGCGAAACGCGAGCUAAAAAUUUUAGGAAUUAAUAUGUGGCCUAUGCCCACAUUAUGUGCGAAAUUUAAAAACCUGAGCGUUGCACUUGGGGUACUUCUACAUAUAUCAGGGUAAAAUUGGCUCUUGAAAUUGUUUUCUAUGAACGGGUCUUGUUGUCUUAAGUAUUCAAAAGGAGCGUAGAAAUAAAAAAAGUGUCAAAUCCCACAAGCCCUCUAACGGUAAGCAGUGUAUUCACUUUUCAUUACAGCUACUCGCAGCAAUUCUAAUGGCCAGUUUGAUCCUAAAACCCGACGAUACGCUUGCCUACUUUACCUUCUGCAAUAUCACAAAUCCCUCUACAGUCGUGCAAAUGCAAGUUGGCCUCGCGGUCAUGCUGACAAUCGACUGUUUGGCGGUAAUUACGGAUAUUACGGUAUAUACGAUAAAUUAUCGAAUUAAACGGCACCGCAAGAGAAUGUAAGUGAGAGAUACUGUAUCAUCAUGCAUCAACCGUAUAGUAUACAUAAAACUUUUCGAAAAUUAUGGAUUUUCCUCCAGAUCGCCCAAGAUUUACACCCUAACAUGGUCGUAUCAGCUGACGGAGAAUAAUUGCUCAACGACCAUUGUCAUUCCCGUUACUGUUUCUCAGAGCAUUUGUUAUUUGUUGUACAUCACUUCUUCGUUGGUUGUGCGCAUUACGCAUCAAACGGGCGUCGCGUUCUACGCAUUGACCAAUUUCUGCUUUAUGGGGAGUUUAGAGGGCGUACCUCUGCAAUAGCCUUUAGAUUAACCUAAAGAAAUCGCUUUCUUUCAGUUCUUCCAGCUCAGCCUACUCACGGCGACCAUUGCCUUUCAUCACAAAUACCUCAUGAACUACAACAACCAAACGGAACGUCGAAAUGCAAUGAAGGAAAAACAGUCCAGCCAAGAGUAUUUUACAUUCUUGGAGCGACAUCUGGACGAAGCCUAUAAAAAACGGAGCGUUGUGACGGCCAAAAACAACUCCGCGAUGAAAAAUGUGGCUCAUUCUGCUGGAGGGAGCGCUCCGGACCUGAGGCUGGACAAACACAACGGAGUGAACGUAAUUAUGAUGAAAUUGACGAGUUGUGAAGAGUAG